CGUGAGAAACACAUAUUGUCUUCAGUAAAACAACCUGUUUAGCAGACUUUGAGGUUUAAGGAACAAGCAAGAAAAUGUCGUCAAACAACAACGACAAGAAGGAGAACAUCAUCAUCAUGAGUAGUGAGGUUACGGAGGUAAAUAAGGAGGAGGAAGAAGAAGAAGAAAUUCGGCGGAGAAAAGCAGAAGAAGAAGCCAUGGAAGUCAAAUCCCUUCGCCGCAUCAUUUCUGCUUAUCUCAACUAUCCGGAAGCCGCAGAGGAGGAUGUUAGAAGAUAUGAAAGAUCUUUUAGAAAGCUUCCCCUGUCUCAUAAGGCUCUCCUGGCGCACCUUCCUUUAAAAUAUCAGAAAAUGAGAUGGUGUAUCUCAGAAAAUACCCAUUUCAUUUUUGAAAUGCUAAAUGCAUUUGAGCCCCCGGUUGAUAUGAGCCAAGAUGAUGAAAAUUGUGAACAUCUGAAUAAUGGUUCAUGUGGUUAUCAUCACUCAGAAGACGGGGAUCCCUGUUGUGGAUCGGCCUCAAUAAGCGGAAGAGCACAUUUUGCAAAAUCUGUUGAAGCUUGCUGUGGGCAUGAGGAGAAGAAUGGAACUUGCUGUGAGCCAGAGUCUAAAAACUUCCCUGUAGAUUUAGAAUGCAAAACAGACACUCAUAAAGGUGGUUGUGACAGCGGUAGAGAUGCCCAGGACCAGGGUCUUUCUAAUACGGCUAAUGAUUCCCACAAGAAUAUAUCUUCUGAUAUGCUAGAGCCGAUGCCCCAUUUUCACGUUCCUCUAGUGGAUGUUGACAAGGUUAGAUGUGUUAUCAGAAAUAUUGUCAGAGAUUGGGCUGCUGAGGGACAGAAGGAACGAGAUCAAUGUUACACGCCUAUUCUUGAAGAACUUAAACGCCUUUUUCCAGAUCGUAGUGUAGAGAGUCCCCCUACUUGUCUAGUUCCUGGUGCUGGAUUAGGAAGGCUGGCCUUGGAAAUUUCAUGUCUUGGUUUCGCAAGUCAAGGAAAUGAAUUUUCAUACUACAUGAUGAUCUGCUCAAGUUUUAUUCUCAAUCAGACUCAAGCUGUUGAGGAAUGGACAAUCUAUCCAUGGAUUCACAGCAAUUGCAAUUCACUGACCGAUGCUGAUCAACUUCGCUCAGUUUCCGUUCCAGAUAUUCAUCCGGCUGGUGCAGGGAUUACUGAAGGUUUUUCCAUGUGCGGUGGUGACUUCGUUGAAGUUUAUAGCGAACCCUGCCAAGUAGCGGCGUGGGAUGCAGUUGUGACCUGCUUUUUCCUUGAUACAGCACACAAUAUAGUCGAAUAUAUUCAAAUCAUUUCCAGAAUUCUUAAAGACGGCGGAGUCUGGAUAAACUUGGGUCCUCUACUGUAUCACUUCGCAGAUAUGUAUGGCCAAGAUGAUGAAAUGUCAAUUGAAUUAAGUUUGGAAGAUGUGAAAAGGAUUGCAAUCCAUUAUGGAUUUCAGUUGGAGGUCGAGAAGACCAUCGAAACAACUUAUACUACAAAUCCACGAGCAAUGAUGCAAAAUCGCUAUUUUUCAGCAUUUUGGACGAUGCGAAAGAAACCAUCAGCAACUACAAGUAUACAACAGGAUAUGGAUGAAUGAAUAGAAACCGGCAUAAAUAUAUUUAUGGAUCUGUUUAGUUUUUUUCUACUUUAGCAAUAUUCGAUUCAUGCAAGCAUCAACAUCUCCGAAAAGCGCCUCAGCGAUUGUUACAACUCCCAAAGUUAUGUUGCAUUGUUUGACAGAAUGUUCAAGUUAAUCUCCCCAAAUUAUAUAUGAACUUUAUUUGUUGAGGAUAGAAGAAUAAUUAUAUGUUUAGAAUAAUAAGAGUAACUCAUGUGUUCAUUAUAAGUUAAUAUGAUCUAUGGUGUAGCGAACUUGAAAUAAUUUUAUACAACUUUUUGUUGUUUA